GUUUAGUUAAGAAAAGGUCGGAGAAGCCGGAAGUACGAUUUACUCAUCGAAACGACUUCACUUGUGACUGAUUUCAGACUGGAAUUGGGAUAGUCUUGCUCCUUCAGAGACAAAUCAGAAAAAUGAAAUUAACUCCAAGGGAGGUUGAGAAAUUAACUCUCCACAAUGCUGGAUUUCUUGCGCAAAAGCAUCUGGCCCGUGGCAGGCGGCUCAAUUACACUGAAGCAGUUGCACUGAUAGCAACUCAGGUUUUGGAGUUUGUCCGUGAUGGUGAUAAGACUGUUGCAAACCUGAUGGACAUUGGGAAACAACUUUUAGGAAGGAGGCAAGUUCUUCCAGCUGUUCCACACCUUUUGGACACCGUCCAGGUUGAGGGGACUUUUCUGGAUGGGACAAAGUUAAUCACCAUUCAUGAUCCUAUUGCUAGUGAGGAUGGAAAUUUGGAGCUAGCUUUACAUGGUUCUUUCCUUCCAGUUCCUUCACUCGAUAAGUUUCCAAUGUCAGAAAAUUAUAGCAUUCCUGGUGAAAUAGUUUUUGGAUUUGGAAGCAUCACAAUUAAUGCUGGAAGGAAAGCUGUGAACCUUCUAGUUGUUAAUGCUGCUGACAGGCCUAUUCAGAUUGGAAGCCAUUAUCACUUCAUCGAGGUGAACCCCUAUUUGGUUUUCGAUAGAGAGAGAGCAUAUGGUAUGCGGCUGAACAUACUCGCAGGGACAGCUACCCGAUUUGAGCCAGGGGAAGCAAAACGUGUCGCACUUGUAAGCAUUGGAGGUAAACAAGUGAUCAGUGGUGGGAAUGCCAUUGCCGAUGGUCCUGUUGAGAUUUCCCAGAUUGCAAAGGUGAUGAAUGCUGUAAGUGCUAGAGGCUUUGGACAUAGAGAAGAAGCAAAUGCCAGGUUUGAACUUUUUGGAGAAGAUCAUGUUUUCACAGUCGUUUCGCAUGAGGCCUAUGCUAACAUGUAUGGACCUACUACGGGUGACAAAGUUAGGCUUGGUGACACUGACUUGUUUGCAGAAAUUGAAAGGGACUUUGCUGUUUAUGGUGAUGAAUGUGUAUUUGGAGGUGGAAAAGUCCUAAGGGAUGGGAUGGGGCAGGCUUCUGGAUAUCCACCAUCAGAUUGCCUAGACACUGUCAUCACAAAUGCUGUGAUAAUUGACUAUACAGGAAUAUAUAAAGCAGACAUCGGUAUCAAAGAGGGAUUUAUCAUUGGUAUUGGAAAGGCAGGUAAUCCAGAUGUCAUGGAUGGUGUUUUUGCUGGCAUGGUAGUUGGGGUCAGUACUGAAGUUAUUGCUGGAGAAGGAAUGAUUGUAACUGCAGGGGCGAUAGAUUGUCAUGUCCACUUUAUAUGCCCUCAACAGGCAUAUGAAGCAAUAUCCAGUGGUAUCACGACAUUAAUAGGAGGUGGCACGGGACCUUCUGAUGGGACACGUGCGACUACAUGUACACCUGCACCAAUACAUAUGAAAUUAAUGCUUCAGUCAACUGAUGAUAUGCCUUUCAACUUUGGCUUCUUUGGGAAGGGUAACAGUUCCAAGCCAACUGGGUUACAUGAAAUAAUCAGGGCUGGAGCGAUGGGUCUGAAGCUGCAUGAGGAUUGGGGAAGUACCCCUGCAGCAAUAGACAACUGUUUGAGUGUUGCGGAAGAAUAUGACAUCCAAGUUAAUAUCCAUACUGACACCUUGAAUGAAUCUGGAUGUGUGGAGCACACAAUUGCCGCAUUUAAAAAUAGAACAAUCCAUACUUAUCACAGUGAAGGUGCAGGUGGUGGUCAUGCUCCAGAUAUCAUCAAAGUUUGUGGUGAAUUAAAUGUCUUGCCCUCAUCAACAAACCCAACACGACCCUAUACUUCUAAUACUGUAGAUGAGCACCUUGACAUGUUGAUGGUCUGUCAUCACCUGGAUAAGAACAUUCCAGAAGAUGUGGCAUUUGCUGAAUCACGUAUAAGGGCAGAAACAAUUGCUGCAGAAGACAUUUUGCAUGAUAUGGGAGCUAUCAGCAUUAUAUCUUCUGACUCACAGGCUAUGGGUCGUAUUGGAGAGGUGAUAAGCCGGACAUGGCAAACUGCUCACAAGAUGAAGGUGCAAAGAGGAUCAAUAGAAUCAAGUGCAUCAAGCAAUGACAACUUCCGUAUCAAACGAUAUAUAGCCAAGUACACUAUAAAUCCUGCAAUAGCUAAUGGGAUUUCUAACUAUGUUGGUUCAGUUGAGGUAGGGAAAUUUGCUGAUCUUGUUCUAUGGAAGCCCUCUUUUUUUGGAUCCAAACCAGAAAUGGUGAUUAAAGGUGGUACAAUUGCAUGGGCUAAUAUGGGUGAUCCAAAUGCAAGCAUUCCUACUCCAGAGCCGGUGAUGAUGAGACCCAUGUUCGGUGCAUUUGGCAAGGCUGGAAGCUCAAACUCCAUUGCUUUUGUCAGCAAGGCUGCCAAAGAUGCUGGAAUAGAGAAGUUGUAUGAACUCAAUAAGAGGGUGGAAGCAGUAAGCAAUGUGCGGAAACUCACCAAAGUUGACAUGAAGCUCAAUGAUGCUCUACCCCAAAUUGACGUGGAUCCGGAGACAUACACAGUAAGAGCAGAUGGUGUGGUUCUCACAUGCAGUGCAGCCACAACAGUUCCGUUGUCUCGGAAUUACUUCCUAUUUUAGGCUGGACUGGGGUAAUGACUUCAAUCUUAAGAUCAUUUUAUGAUUUGGCACAGCUAGGGUGGAAAUAAAAUCAAGCAAGUCAUCGCAAAUAAUC